UGGCAAUGGCAAGAACUAUAAACUGGUUGUGACGAAACAGGAUGAUGGAGGAUCACCCAUCCUCAGAUAUGUGCUCAAAUACAGGACUAAAGACAGAGAAGAGGAAUGGAUGCUGAAGAUAGCACAGGGAAGCAAAGACUCCAUCAUCCUGGAAAGGCUCGAAUGGGACAUGCAGUAUGAAGUGCAGAUCACAGCUGUUAACAAGCUGGGUUCCUCCGAGCCAACCAUCUACGAGUUCACCAUGCCACCAAAGCCCAACACCAUCGCCAAUACCCUGUUCAGGAGUCUGGGCCUGGGGGCAGUUGUUGGUCUUGGAGUUGCUGCACUCUUGUUAAUCCUUGUCAUCACUGAUGUUAGCUGCUUCUUCACAAAGCAAUGUGGAUUGCUGAUGUGCAUCACCACAAGGAUUUGUGGGAAAAAGAAUGGGUCAAGCACCAAAACCAAGGAUGCCGAAGAAGGCAAAGCAGCUUAUCUGAAGGAUGGUUCUAAAGAGCCCAUAGUGGAGAUGAGGACAGAAGAUGAACCGAUCACAAACCAUGAUGGGAGCUCAGCAAAUGAACCAAAUGAAACAACACCACUAACAGAGCCUGAAAAGCUACCAUUAAAGGAAGGCAAUGCAAAGGAAGUGUUGAGUCCAGAAAAAAUUGAGGAAGCAGUGCCCAAUGAUGUCAUCCAACCGAAAGAAGACAGCAGCAAAGCAUAAUGGGAAGAACUCUGUCAAAGAGAUGUCCUAACUACAGAUACCCUUGCAACCAAUAUUUGUAGGGAAGAGAAAUACAUAUUUG